AAGAUGGCGUUUAUUAAAGAGGAGAGUGAAGACAUGAAGAUUGAAGAAGCAUUCAGAGACAAACAUGAAGAUACUGAGGAACAAACAGACAUGAUGGUGCUGAAAGAGGAAAGUGAAAAACUGAAUGAAAAGCAAGAUAAAGAUCAGUAUAAGAAACAUGAUUUCAUAACUGGACAAAAAUCAUUCAGUUGCCCACAGACUGAAAAGACUUUCUCACAAAAAAGAGCUCAAAAGACUAUAACUAGAAAUCAUUUCACCUGCCAACAGUGUGGACAGAGUUUCGAUCAACGAGGAAACCUUAAAGUCCACAUGAGGAUUCACACUGGAGAGAAGUCAUACACCUGCAAACUGUGUGGAAAUAGUUUUCAUCGAAAAGAAAACCUUACCAGCCACAUGAAAAUUCACACUGGAGAGCAGUCUUACACCUGCCCUCGUUGUGGAAGGAGUUUUACACACAGACAAACUCUUAAUGCCCACAUAAGAAUUCACACUGGAGAGAAGCCUUUCACCUGCCAACAGUGUGGAAAGAGUUUCACUCAACAUGGAAACCUUAAAGUCCACAUGAGGAUUCAUGACGGAGAGAAGCCUUUCGUUUGCCAACGGUGUGGAAAAUGUUUUUCAGUAAAAGGAACCCUUAAAAGCCACAUGAGCAUCCACACUGGCGAGAAGCCUUACGUAUGCUCUCAGUGUGGAAUCAGUUUCACUCAGCAAGGAAGCUUUAACAGGCACAUGAGAAUUCACACCAGAGAGAAGCCAUACACCUGCGAGCAGUGUGGAAAGUGGAUAAGCAAUCAAAGAAACCUUGCCGUCCACAUGAGGGUUCACACUGGAGAGAAGCCUUUCACCUGCCCUCAGUGUGGAAACAGUUUCACUCAGCAGGGAAGCUUUGUUGGACACAUGAGAGUUCACACCGGAGAGAAGCCUUACAGUUGUGAACUGUGUAGAAAGAGCUUCUCAGCACAACUAAACCUUGACUAUCACAUGAACAGUCACACUGGUGAAAAGCCAUUUUCAUGUGAUCAGUGUGGAAAGCGCUUCAGACACAAAGCAACCAUUAAAAAUCACAAGAAGAUUCAUUCGAGACGGGAGCGUUUUAUAUGUCGUCAGUGUGGAAGGAGUUUCAGUGGAAGGAGUUUCACAUAA